CGCUCCGGCGCCCGUUCUGAGUCCCGCUUGUUGGCGGCGGUUCGUCACAAACAUGGUCUCGCCUGGAUCAGUCCUUGCGCUGGUGCUGUCAGUAAUCCUGUGGGCCGACACAAGUGCAGGUGUCGGUUUUCGCUUUGCUUCGUACAUCAGUGAUUACAUGGUGCUGCAGAAGGAGCCUGCUGGGGCGGUAAUCUGGGGCUUUGGUACACCAGGAGCCACAGUGACGGUGAUCCUGUACCGAGGUCAGGAAGCCAUCAUGGAGAAAGUGACCCAGGUGAAAGCACAGUCUAGUAAUACCUGGAUGGUGGUACUGGAUCCUAUGAAGCCCGGUGGACCUUUUGAAGUGAUGGCUCAGCAAACUCUGGGGAGUAUGAACUCCACUCUGAGAAUUCAUAAUGUCCUCUUUGGAGACGUCUGGCUUUGCAGUGGACAGAGUAAUCUGAAGAUGACUGUUUCACAGAUAUUUAAUGCUACGAAGGAGAUGUACAACAUUGCUCCCUAUCAGUCUGUCCGCAUCAUGUCUGUCUCUCUUGUUGAAGCCGAGGAGGAACUGGAGGAUCUUACUGAAAUUGACUUGCCAUGGUCUAAGCCCACCCCAGGAAACUUAGGCCACGGAAACUUCACCUACAUGUCAGCUCUCUGCUGGCUGUACGGGCGCUACCUGUAUGACACUCUGCGGUAUCCCGUGGGGCUCGUCUCCUCCGUCUGGGGUGGGACAGCCAUUGAAGCCUGGUCAUCUGCAAGGGUGCUGAAAGCCUGCAACGUCCCUGAUCACGGGUACAUUCCCGAAGAGUCUGUUACUGGCCCCAAGGAGCACUCUGUUGUCUGGAAUGCCAUGGUCCAUCCAUUAUGUAAUAUGACUCUGAAAGGAGUGCUGUGGUACCAGGGGGAGUCCAAUAUGGAUUAUAACAGGAACCUGUACAAUUGCACGUUCCCUGCACUCAUUGAAGACUGGCGCCAAACCUUCCAUCGUGGCUCCCAGGGCCAGACAGAGCGUUUCUUCCCAUUUGGAUUUGUUCAGUUGUCUUCAUAUUUGGCUCCGCCCAGUCCCGAUGAGGGAUUUCCCCACAUCCGUUGGCAUCAAACAGCAGACUUUGGGUAUGUCCCCAACGUAAAGAUGCCCAACACCUUCAUGGCUGUGGCCAUGGAUCUUGGUGACAGGGACUCACCCUUUGGCAGUGUCCAUCCUCGUGAUAAGCAGACUGUGGCCUAUCGGCUGCACUUGGGUGCCCGGGCUGUGGUUUAUGGUGAGAAGAAUUUGAUUUUUCAAGGACCGCUACCUGAGAAGAUUGAACUCUUGGCUCGCCAGGAGCUGAUCAACAUCACAUAUCACCAGCAAAUCCAGUUGCAGAGGCAGGACAAUAAGAUAUUUCAGAUCUCAUGUUGCAGUAACCAUCAAUGCAAGUGGCUUCCAGCUCCCAUGAGCACGUUUUCCACCCGGACUCUGACCCUGAACACCAAACCUUGUCGUGACUCCGUGGCUGCUGUUCGCUAUGCCUGGGACACGUGGCCUUGUGAAUAUAAGCAGUGUCCCAUUUACCACCCCAGCAGUACCCUGCCGGCGCCUCCCUUCAUUGCUUUCAUUAAUGGACGUUAGAACAAGGUUGCCCAAGGAUAGAUGCAGUGUGAUCAGAGCUUGGAGAUAAGGGUGGGUCCUUUAGAUUUUUGGCAUGCAGUUCAGACAAUGACAUUGUUGCUUUUAAAGGAAAUUAAUAGAAAACCUCAUCGAAUAGCUUUAAACUGGCAAUGAGCUGGGUUGUUCUGUGGCUGCUUCUAUGCUGAGAUGAGCCUGGGCUGGUAGGCAAUCUGAGAUGCUUUUGUGCCCUAGUUAGUCUAAGAGUCUGUAUUGAACUACAAACAAACUGGAUCUCAAUGUCAUUCACUUCCCUUAUAUUACUGGAAGUGAAAUGUCUAACAUUUAUGCCCGUUUUCUUCCAGAAGUGUGGAAUCUCAGGGUUGGAAGAGAUUUUUAAAGGCCAUAGAGGCCAGCUAGUGUUUGUUUUCUUUCCAGAACCUCUGACGAGUUGUUACUGAACCUCUGUAUGAAGUUUCCAUUUUAAACUUCCUAACAUUUUUUCCUAAUGUGGAGCUGAAAUCUUCCUCCUGUGAAAUUUCCCUACUAUAUGACAGUUUUUCAGAUAAUUGCAGACUUAUUUUUGAUUUUCUUCAAUCCAAAACCAUUUCUGUUCCUUUAGUCUCAAUAGUGAUAACGUAAAUGUUUAAAGCAAACAAGCCAGAGCCCUGUGCAGGCAUUUUGGGAGGUGCUGAGGGGCUGUCUGAAGGAACAGAGAAGGCACCAGGUGGUAGGAGCCAAGUGCAGGCACUCAGGCUACCAAUAGCAGGAGGGGUGGUGGAAUCAUGGGCUUAGGCCAACAUGGAAGUAGAGAUAACUGAGGCAAAGGGGUCGUUUACAGUCAAAUAGGAACCUGUGAGUCUUUAAAGGUAAAUGAUUUAAGGGUAAUCCAGAUGGAAGAAAAAUACAAAGCUGAAAGUAAAGCCACAGGGCCAGCACUGUGCCAUAGCAGGUAAAGCACCCUCUGCAGUGCCAGCAUCCCAUAUGGGCACCUGUUCGAGACCCGGCUGCUCCACUUCCAAUCCAGCUCUCUGCUAUGGCCUGGGAAAGCAGUAGAAGAUGGCCCAAGUCCUUGGACCCCUGCGCCCUGCAUGGGAGACCCGGAAGAAGCUCCUGGCUCCUGGCUUCGGAUUGGCGCAGCUCCAGCCAUUGCAGCCAAUUGGGGAGUGAACCAGUGGAUGGAAGACCUCUCUGCCUCUGUAACUCUGCCUUUCAAAUAGAUAAGCACCUGAGCCCCUGCGUGCACAUCUGAGACCUGAAUGGAGUUUCAGGCUUCUUGCUUUUUCCUGGCACAGCUCUGGCCAUUGUGGCCACUUGGGGAGUGAACCAGCAGACAGAAGAUUGAUCUCUCUCUUUCAAAUAAAUAAAUCUUUUCAAAAGGAAGUUGGAAAUAAAAGUAUUAUAAUUAGUGAUGAAUAUAUAUUUGUCUUUGAAGCAUGGGAAAAAUGAAAGACUGUAAUCUGUGGUUUGCUUUCACUCUUGUAAUGUGAAAAAUGAUAACUAAGGCAAUAUCACUCUCUCUGUAUAUCUUCCAAGGGGUUCUGGUGUAUCUCUGAACAACAGAAAUAGCUUCUUCAGUGCCAAGGUAGAACAAAAACGCCCCCUCCAGAAGUGAUGUACUCUGCAAGGAUCAUUGGCUCCUCUGAAGACUUCCUAGCAAUGAGCUUUCAAGGCCCACACUUUGAUCAUGCACCCAUCUGGCCCCAGGGAACCACAAACCUAGUAACGGACUCCUGAGAAAAAGUAAAUUCCUCUGUCCACUCAGCCUUGCCCAUGGGCUGUUCACUUUGAAGGCAGCUAGAAGUAGUCAAGAACUCUAAGCCAGGCUCCUUUAACCCCCACCCCUCCAAGCACACUCAGUGAAAAGAAUUCAGUUAGAUAGUGGAUAACAUUAACAAAGCCAUGUGUAAAUUUAUUUAGUGAUUCAAUAAUGUAAAAAACUAUGGGAAUUCAGUGUAUUUCUUCAAAUGAAAAGAACUUGGAACUGAAAAUGAAAUUUAUAAUCACUGUACCAGAGCUGGACACUAAAGAAAAAUAUAGGCAAGUAAAAAAAAAAAUCACCCACAAAUUAACCAGAAUCACUUUUGGAAGUCGAUUGCUUUGGGUUAUAUAAUUUUCUAUACUAUAGUAUGUUGCUUUGUACCUUUUUGUCUAUUUUAUCUAAAAUUUCCUAUGUAAAUAGAAUAUAGAUUUAGUGUUUUGCUUGUGGAAAGUCCCACACCUUAUUUAACCAGUAUCCUAUUGAUGGGUAUGUUGGUUCUUCAUUUGUUUUUUGUUACAAAUUUCCACAAUUAAGUUGUGAGACUGUUACAUGCAAA